AUGGACACUAACAUGUUGUUACCGAGUUUGGCGGUAUCAGCUCGAUCGUGUCGGCAGAGCUCGGUGACGACGAUGACGGUUUACGCGAACGAGUUUACGAAGACACUGGAUCAUGCGGCAGGUUACGAUGCAUUGCGAUUACGGGUAGAUGUAGCGAUGGUUGUCGGUGUAGAGAGGAGGUAG